AUGGUAUUGAUAGAAGAACCGUGUAAUCUUCUUCAAGUUGGCGAAUCUUCACGGUGUGCUGGACGUGCUCAAUCGGAAGAAUGUGAAAUUGCUUUUUCGCGUGAUGAUCCAACUUUGACUUGGAAUGAUAGAACAACUGAAUGCACUGAUCUCAAGGUAUUUAUCACUGAUUUCAGAUUAUCCCCAGUUCAUCCCUGAAUAAUUUUCAGAAAGUUUUCUCAAAAUUUGACUCAUCUGCUCCGAUCGCCGGCGAAAUCCUCUAUCGUGCUCGUUUCCUCUGCGCAAAAUAUUUGGGUGGCGCGUGGCGAAAAGUGAAGAUUGAGGAGUUCAAAAUUCGCGCGAUCACUGGUGGCAUGUCGAAUUUGUUGUUUUUGGUCGAAUUGCCAGCCGGUUUGAAGCCGAAACAAUCGGAACCCGAAAAGGCACUUCUUCGUGUUCAUUGCCAAUCGGAUAUUGAUCAAUUGUUGUCUGAAUCGGUGGUUUUCACGCUUUUAUCAGGUAUGGAAUGGAUUUUCGAAAAUUUGAUUUUUGAAUCGCGAGAGAGUGUGUGUUUCGAGGAGAGGGAAGAGAAAAAUAGUUCAAUAGAGCGAACUUUCCCCCUUCCAUUUUUUUUAUUUUCUUUUUUUUGUUUCACGUCACUUUUUAUCAAUUUUUAUCAAAAACGCAAGAAAAUUAGAGAAUUUUCAAUAUUUGGCUGAUAAAAUGAGCAAAACUUUUUUUCAGAACGCAGUCUUGGCCCUCGUCUCCUUGGUGUCUUCCCCGGUGGCCGCUUCGAACAAUUCAUCCCUAGCCGCCCUCUCCAAUGCCUCGAAAUCAGUCAGCCGAAACUUGCCAGAAUCAUCGCACCAAUGAUUGCUCGUGUUCACACCCUAGACGUCCCCGUGCCAAAAACUCCGCAAAUUAUGGAUAAUGCAAGAGCAUGGCUCGAUAGAUUCAAGUUUGUCUUUUUGUUUUGGGAUUUUGGGAUUUUUCAUAGAAAAAACAAUUUUUCAGAAAAACUCCAGCCUCCGAACGACCAAUUCAAAUUUAUUUGACAAAAGCACAAGUUCCUGAAGGCGAUGUAAGAGAUUUUUUGAAAUUUGAAGCAUUUUUAUAAAGUUUUUUCAGUAUCCAACCUCAAUUAUGGUUGAUCAAUUGGAAAAAGAGUUGGAUUUCGUCGACAAUUUUCUCCUCAAAUCCGGAAGUCCUGUCGUUUUUUCGCACAACGAUUUACAAGAGGGAAAUAUUUUGAUGAGCGAUGGUUUUGAUGUGGCAGAAAAUGGCACGGUGACAGAUCCACAUGGAAAGGUUACUGAUCAAGAACCAUUGUCACUUAUUGAUUUUGAGUAUUGUAAUUAUAAUUAUCGGUGAGAAUUAUUAUCGAAAAUCUCAUCUUUAUCACGCGCUCCACCGAAAUAAACACGCAACGCAGACCGCGUCGCGCCACAACACACACAAAUAAGGGAACGAUUCAAAUUCCCUCCCUUUUUUUGUGUGUGUGUGUGUUGUGGUGCGACGCGGUCUGCGUUGCGUGUUUAUUUCGGUGGAGCGCGUGGUACCGAUGAGAUUUUCGAAAAUAAAAAUGACUUCCUAAUUCUGAAAAUCUUGAUUUUUCAGAGGAUUCGAUUUGGGAAAUCAUUUCUGUGAAUAUGGUUAUGAUUAUAAUGUGGAUGAGUCACCUUAUUACACAAUUCACCAACAAUUUUUCGAAGCUCAAGAAGAGCGCGAUCUUUUCUGCGAAGCCUAUCUAAAUGAAACAUAUAAAAUGCGAAAAUCUGGGGAUAAUCCACAUUUCCCUUCGGAUUUAGUGACUGGAGAUCGGGAAAAGGAUUUGGCACGAAUCCGGCAAGAGACAACAAUUUUCAUGCCGAUCUCGAACAUUUUCUGGACUUGUUGGGCGCUGAUCAAUGCUGAAGAAUCAGUGAUCACUUUUGAUUAUAGUGCUUAUGCUCGUGAUCGACUUGCGUUAUAUUAUCAUCAGAAGAAAUGGCUGGAAGAGUUUCUUGCGAAUCUUUAAGCAUUUUAUUGUAUUUUUUUUUGCUUGCAUAUUCUAUAUUACUUACUUAAUUAUUCACUGUUGUGCCUUUGAUUCAAAGUGUCCUUUUUUGUCAGAAAAAAAGAGAGAACGACUAUAAAUACAUUCCAAUUUGCAAAAAGUGUGCAAACACUUCAUACACCGAUACGCAAAAACUCACAAAAAUACAGAAAUGUUUUUUUUAAGCAACAAAAUGUCACCAAAAUACUGCCAGUCCGAAAUUUUGUGGAAGAGAACCGAUGUGGCCUAGAAAACCAAAUCUCUUUGUCUUCUGGUUUUCUCUUCCACGGCUCUCUUUUUUGAAUCUUCCCUAUAAAAAAACGCUCAAAAAAAAUGAAUCUUCGCUGUCCGCAAUGAACACCAUGACGCAAACUUGCAGACAUUUUUUUUGGGCAGCUUGCCAACUUUUCUCCACAGAGCGUAGAUUAAAGGGAGGACGAGUUGUUUGUUUGUCGGGUCUCGUCGCGAUAUGACGCGCUGCUCGAAUGUUUUUCAUUUUCUCUUUUUUUUCCGUUUUUUCUUUUUUCGCCGAGGUUACGAUUUGGAGUCUGCGAAAGGUAUGUUAAACUAACAUCUUGUUACUUAUCAUAACCAACUAAUUUCCAGGAACGAGCGGUGUCUUGCUGCCAUAUAUUAUGCUGAACGCCGAAGAAAGAAGUGAGUAUUUUACGCUUCAGAAAGACAACGUACUCCUUUUGAGAAAUCUGCAGCGCGUCUACCCGUUUUUUAAAUUUUGCGAGAUUUCUCACCUCUCAGAAUCAUUUCAAUGUUUGUUGAGGUUGAUUGUUUUCUCUCCAUCAUAGUUUUGGCUCUACUCUAUUCGAGGAAACAGUACUUUUCGAAGAAUUUAGGGUUUUUUCAACUGCAUUUUUCAUUAAUCUUAUUCAAAGACAUUUAUUUUUCGGGUUUCUCUGGCGCGUUUCUAACUGACUGAAUAUUUCAACGUUCAAAGUAAUUUUCUUUCAGCCAUCCGGUCGCGGAGGAAUCCGAAAUGAGGAGGCGACGAAUCUGGGAUGAGGAUGCAACAAACCGCUCGCUAUUUUGGAAGAUGGUGUAAGUUUUUUAAACUAAAAGAUAACUUUAAAAGUCAAGAAACCGCUUUGCAAUUGUUUAAUUAUACAAUUCUUGGAGAACAUGCCCUAGACCCACAUUUCCUGUAAAGGUUUACUUACAAACCUGGAUUUUUUUCAUGGUGGUAGUAAUAGGCCAUAUUCUCCGAGCUUGAAUUCAAAAUAAAUCCAAAGACGAAUUUUCGUAUUUAUGAUUUUGAGAAUUCACUUUUCGUGUCCUUUCAAAAAAUCAAUAAAAUUUCGCGACAACGCGAAAAUGUCCAAAUUUUCCAAAUAAUGAUUCAAAAUUAUUCAGGUGCCAACUCAAUCGGCAACAAUUACGAUGCUGGACCAUCGAACAUCUCGGUAAUUUUAAUUCUGUGUUUUGUUUAUUUUUUCAAUAAUAAAUAUAAUGAAAUCACUAUCCUUCAUAAUGUGAUUACUCGGCGUCUCCGAAAUCCCGAUUUCCGAGUUCCCCAGAAAAAAGAAUCAAAAUGAUUAUUCAGCAGAGCAAUUUUGCUGCAGCUGGAUGGAAAAUUAGAGUGCUGCCAAAAAGCAUUUAUGUGCACGAUUGCGUUAUGGUGUUUGCGGUUUUGCGUUUUUUUUACUGGAAGUCUCGAGCUAAUUUAUGUUCUCGGAGUGGAAAUCCCGAGUAAUAAAGCAUAAGCGCCCCUGGUCCACUAGUUUUUAAAAAUCGAUUUUUUCCCGCGGAAAUUUUCAUUUUUCACGGGACAUUUCGAUUUGUCAUGCUGGCAAAAGCGAAUUCGACGUGGAAUCUGAUUAUUUUCGAAAUUUUCAACGAGUGGAACUGGUGAAAAGCUAAGUUUCCCAGGGGUUUCCCACGAAAAUCUCCCACAUCCAAAAAUCCAAGAAGACUAGAGAAAGUCUGCGCUCAUUUCCGCUGUGAGCAAAGUAGCGCCUACCAGUCGUAAGAAACUUGCGAUCAUUCAAAAUCAGCGAUGAUUUUGGGUGGGGAUUUCUACUUAAGAAUACCUUUGCUGAGGCCCGAAACGCCGUGAUCCGGAAUGAUUUGAGUUUUGCGCAUCGUUUAUGAUGUUUUCUUGGGUCGGCGGGUGAAAAUGGGGAUUUUCAGGGUUUUCCGAGCAUUAUUGAUGAUUUUUUUGCAGAGCGAGGAUCUUUUUGGACACACGUGGAGGAAUCGACGAAAAUUGGUAUGAAUUUGAGGUCUCGUAGCGAUUUGGCAGGGAAAUAA